CGAGCAAAAGUAUCCCCUGUUCUCGAUCCAAAUCGCUUUUGCCGUCAGCUUCUACCAAGCCUUGUCUCUCCGCCAUAGAGCCUCUGUCAGCUUAGAAAGGGGAUAAAAAGGAAAAAAAAAGUACCACAACGUUUGCUUGCCUGCAAACUCAUUUUAAAACCCCGCAUCAUCGCACACCAUCCGCGCAGGACACACGUUGGGUCAUUCCUCGCUAUCAGACAUUGUUGCAAUUUUUCCAUUUCAUCCCAUAAUCUGAGCCUCCGCCAAACACGCUGAGCUUCUUUAUUUUCUCAUUUUUCCUCUCUACACGCCAGAUUUAAGAGCACAGAGCAAGAAACUUUUCAAUUGCGCAGCAUAGAACAAAUCAUCCGCCCACGCCAACUUGUACCUUUCACCGCGCCGUCGCUCGUCAGCGGCGCCUCUUCUUAACCAUGUCUACCAUUCAACAGCUCAAAAAUUUCAUUCGCCAUGGCAAACAAGCACGCACGGCCAAUUUCCCCGAAGAACAGCGCAAGCAUGAGGUCCCUCCUCAGUCCAUACCACAGCCGCCCCCAGAGAAAACCGUUCCAACAGGUCCCGUGUAUGGCAAACCUGCCGGACACCAGGAUCCCUUGCCAGCAUACUCGGAAGCACCCGGCGAUCAGCAGACCCGCGCAACACAGGCUGGCUAUGCCGCAGCUCACCAUGUCGAGCCUGCUCAAGCCAAUGGUACCAAGGGCAUAAGGGUUGACGAGGCGAACCUAGCUCAGAUCAUUGCCGAGGAAAAUGCUAGCAAGAGCAAAUUCCCCAAGUAUCCUGAUUUGGACCGAUGGGAGCUCCUCGAAAAGAUGGGCGAUGGUGCUUUCAGCAACGUCUAUCGUGCACGCGAUUUGCACGGAGAGCAUGGCGAGGUGGCCAUCAAGGUCGUGCGCAAGUACGAGAUGAACCGCAUGCAACGCUCCAACAUCCUCAAGGAGGUCCAGAUCAUGCGCCAGCUCGACCACCCAAACAUCGUCAAGCUCAUUGAAUUCUCCGAGUCCAAGCAAUACUACUACAUCGUUCUGGAGCUGGCUCCCGGUGGCGAGCUGUUCCACCAAAUCGUACGACUGACCUACUUCAGCGAAGAGCUGUCUCGCCAUGUCAUCGUCCGAGUCGCCAGAGCACUCGAGUACCUGCACGAGGAGAAGGGCGUUGUGCAUCGUGACAUCAAGCCCGAGAAUAUCCUCUUCAGCCCGAUACCCUUCAUUCCAUCCAAGCACCCGAAGCCCAAGCAGCCCGGAGAUGAGGACAAGGUCGACGAGGGCGAGUUCAUCCCCGGCCUGGGAGCUGGAGGCAUUGGCGAGAUCAAGAUUGCCGACUUUGGCCUCUCCAAGAUUGUCUGGGAAGCGCAGACCAUGACCCCCUGUGGUACCGUUGGCUAUACUGCUCCCGAGAUCGUCAAGGAUGAGCGAUACUCAAAGUCGGUUGACAUGUGGGCCUUGGGCUGCGUUCUCUAUACUCUGCUCUGCGGAUUCCCGCCCUUCUACGAUGAGAGCAUAGAAGUGCUCACCGAAAAGGUUGCCAAGGGCCAGUAUACCUUCCUGUCGCCGUGGUGGGAUGAAAUCUCCACAUCUGCCAAGGACCUCAUCAGCCACCUGUUGACCGUAGAUCCCGACAAGCGUUACACUAUCAGAGAGUUCCUUGCCCACCCAUGGAUCCAGGAGGUGGGACCAACUCCCCGAGACGAAAAGGCUCCCGGCAUGGUGCCGCUCAAGCAAUUCUCGGCUGCUCAGUUUGAAGAGCCCGGAAAGCGAUACGACUUCCGAUCUCCCGCUGCCGUCAACCUUCGCGAAGUGUUUGAUGUCAGCUAUGCCGUCCAUCGCCAGGAGGAGGAGGCGAAGAGAAGAGCGCAGGUUGGAGUGCGGGCUGGAGGUGCUGGACGUCCCCUUGGAGGCCUCAACGAAGAGGAAGAGGAAGAGGAAGAAGAAGAUAGUGAUGUCGAUAAUAUGGAUGUCGACAACGAUACCAACAACAAGACCCAGGCCCUGGAGCAGAGCAUGCAAAGAACCAACAUCCACGAUCAUGACACCACCCAUACCCGUGGCCGCGAGCGAGAACGAGCCGGCGAGAGAGGCUAUGGACAACAUUCGGCAGCCGUGACCGCUGCUGCACGACAGCAAGUGCGGGAGAGACAACGCCAAAAGGGCGCGUUUGAGCUCAACCUUGACAACGCAACGCUCCUGGGGAAGCGAGGCAAGAAGGUUCCCGUCAUGGGAGCAUAGAAUGUCGAUGUGGCGGGGCCAUCGAGGCCUGCUACACCACAAGAACGAGCUGCCGUCGAUGGGAUUUUCGACAUUGACGUGUCGCCUACUGCAAGCGAGACCUUUAGGCGGGAGGCGCCGUCAGCUCGCGAGCAAGAGUCCUUUAUACGCGAUAUUUUACAAUCAGGCAUUGCGAGCGCAGUGGACAAGAAGGAAAAUGUGCCCGUCGCAUCAAACAGGACGCAUACGGCUUGAUGCCGUUCAAGGAGGCGUAUUGGAGUAAACGUGGCAACGGGACGGAUAUGUUCUGAGCGUGAUUUCUUUUUUUGUAUCCAACUUGCUCCCAUCUUGUAGAACAAGGAAAUGGAAGACCAGAGGGUUGAAUUUUUGCAAGGCA